GAAAUAAGCAUUCAGCUGCUUUGAAGAAUGAAGAUGCUGCUCAAAGGAAAGCAGCUCUGGAGGCUGGUGUGAGAAAGAAGCUUGAAUUUGAGAAAAAAGCAUUGUAUAUUGUUGAACAGCUCCUGGAAGAGAACAUUACUGAGGAGUUCCUUCUGAAUUCUGCAAAGUUUAUUACUCCAUCUCAUUAUAAAGACAUUGUUGAUGAGCGGUCUAUCAUCAAACUAUGUGGUUAUCCUCUGUGUCAAAACAAACUGGACAAUGUGCCAAAACAGAAGUACAGAAUUUCAACAAAAACGAACAGAGUUUAUGAUAUCACUGAAAGAAAGUGUUUUUGCAGCGACUUUUGCUAUAGAGCAUCUAAAUAUUUUGAAGCUCAAGUUUCCAAAAGUCCAGUAUGGAUGCGAGAAGAAGAAAAACCACCAGACAUAGAGCUGCUGAAGAAGGGACAGAGUGGACAGUCUGGAAAAGAAGUGAAACUAUGUGAUGAAGUAGUUAAAGCAUCUGACAUUGAAAAUCCUAGGAUAUCUUCAAAUCCUUGUGAAUCUGGUUCUCAUGACACAGCCAGUGACAGCAGUAGUGAUACUGAACAAGAAUUCAUUUCUUCUGUCCUACCAGAAAGUCGGUCAAGUUCAGCCAGUUUUGCACAGCAGUUGCACAGAAACAGCAUUCUAAAAAAAAAGCCUACUCAGAAAGUCUGUUCCAGCCCUAAAACUGAAGACUCGGAUGUCGUAGAAGCCACUGAACGACUAUCUAAUUGUAAAUUAGAUGCUCAGGAAGAAACGCGUGCUUGCUCUGUUCAUAAUAAAAUAACUGCAAAACCUUCAAAAAUUACUACUCUAGAGAAAUCGAGUGCUUCAGAAAACUGUGAAAGCACCUGUGGUUCACAGGUAGUUUUUCUAGGUGUGAGCAAAAGAGGGGUGGAACAUCUUAAAAGAGCACUAGCUAACUCAAAAGAAUAUAAACCACAAUUGAGGCAUCCAGCUGAUUCCAAAGGCAGUUUAUUAGAAGUGCUUGAGCAAACACUUACAGAAUGGAGAACUGAGGAAACGUUAAAAUUUCUCUAUGGCCCAAACUGUAUUUCUUUGUGCUCAUCAAAGCAUGUGUCAUCUGCCAACCAGGAGAAUGAAGAACUUGAUGAGGAUGACUUAGAUACAGCUGAUGAUAUUAAUACUGUUGCUCCAGGGGAGCCUGAAAACAGUUUGAACUAUUCUUUACCUUUCACAGGCACAGGUGGAAUAGUUAAGCCUGUGCCUAGUUAUGAAAAGUUAAAAGAAGAAACAGAGUUCCUAGAACUCCGAGUAAGAGAGUUCUAUAAAGGAAAGUGCAUCUUGGCUGAAGAGGUGCUGACACAUGCACAAGCAGACGAACUUCCAAGCAAAGACAAAGAUGAUGAACAGGAAGACCUCACAUUCCCACUGGUUGAUUCAAAUGCACAAAUGCAGAUUAGAAGGCGAAUUGUUCUUGAAAAACUGAGAAAAGUAUUACCUGCAGUUUUGGGCCCUCUUCAGAUUACUCCAGGUGAUGUUUACACAGAGCUAAAAAAUCUUGUCAAAACUUUCCAGGGAAGUAGGUCCAGUGGACGCUUUAUCGCCACAUAUGAAACUUCUGCUUCACUUGGAAGCACUGAAGGGCAGUAUUUGGAAACACUGAG